AUGACCGAUCAACGAGUCGCUAUUGUCACCGGAGCAUCAAGAGGGAUCGGACGCGCGAUCGCGACGCGUCUUGCCGCCGACGGCCGCCAUGUGGUGUGCGUGUCGCGCUCGCAGGGACCGCUCGAUGAGCUCGCUCAAGAGAUCCAAGCUGCCGGGGGCAGCGCGAGCGUCAAGACCUGCGACAUGUCGGACUUUGAUGCGGUCGCGAAGAUGAUCGAAGAGGUCGCCGACGAGCAGGGACGGCUGGACAUCCUCGUCAACAACGCGGGGAUCACCAAGGACAACCUGAUCCUGCGGAUGAGCGACGAGGAAUGGGACGAUGUGAUCGGGACGAAUCUCAAGAGCGUGUUCGUCGCGUGCCGAGCCGCGGCUCGUCCGAUGAUGCGCGGGAAGUUCGGACGCAUCUGUAACAUCGCUUCAACCUCGGGACUCGUUGGUAACUCCGGACAAGCGAACUACGCGGCUGCCAAAUCAGGACUGACGGGAUUCACCAAGACCGUCGCGCGUGAGCUUGGGAAGAAGAACAUCACCGCCAACUGCAUCGCGCCGGGAUUCAUCGAGACCGACAUGACCAAGGACCUCCCCGCGGCGGUGACCGAUCACAUCAAGGGGGUUAUCUCAACGCGCGAUCUUGGGAAACCAGACGAUAUCGCGGCCGCGGUUGCGUACGUGACCAGCGAUGACGCGGGAUACCUGACAGGUCAGACCAUCGCGGUUGGUCCACUGCUCGUGCGUGAGCUUUCCGAAGAGUGGGCUUGGGAUUUCCAUCUUUUCGCCGUUGAUGAUGCGAUCGAUUUGGGUGCGCAUCAUCGCGAGUCCUUCCUCCACGCUGACCUCGUCAGCGGGUCGGAGUUCCUUCGCUUUCUCAGGGAGCUUGAAUCCCGGCUUCAUCUGCGAAGUUGGUUUGGUCGCAAUGGGUUUGAGGAUCAGCGAGAUUGGGAUGCGGACGAACCAGGGGGCGCUCAUUUCGAAGCCGUCGAACGAGCUUUUGAUGAACGUGGCGCAGUGCGCGAGGUUCUGUCCGACGCUCCAUCCGCCAUUGGUGUCGAGCGUGCCGUCGUUGUGGGCGGCUUCGAUCUUGUCCAGAUCAGCACGGAGUUCUUCGAUGGAGUGACCGCGCCGUAUACUCUGGACAUGAAACCUCAUUCCAUUCUCGAAACGGUGCUCUAUGCGGACGACAUUGAACGAGCCGCGUGGUUCUAUAGAGACGUGCUCGGAUUCGACCAGCCCGGCGGGGAGUCGGAGCUGAUGACGCACUUCCGGAUUGACGAGCAUCACGUGCUGCUGGUGUUUAAUCCGCAGAUGUCGGAUCGUCCGGGACGCGAUGUGCCGAGUCACGGCCCGCGUGGUGCGGGACAUAUCGCGCUGCGGAUCGAAGACAGCGAUUACGACGCGUGGAAGGAUCAGCUCAGCUCCUUCGGGAUCGGAGUCGAGCAGGAGAUCACGUGGGGCGAGGACGACGGGUUCGAUCACGGGCGUUCGAUCUAUUGCCGGCGGGCUGAGUCCCUACACUCUGGCAUGAAGACCUCCAACCCAACGUUCGUCGCAUUCAUCGCAUCGGUGUCCCUGCUCGUGGUGUUCAUCGCGGGCUGUUCCAAGUCCGAGGAGCCUGCUGCUGAGAACACGGCAGCGAGUGAACCCAAGGCGGAUACGAGCUAUCUUGAUCAGCUCGCCGCGGAGCAGGGGAUCGAUCUUGAGGAGGAUAAACCUCAGGUGACCUCGCAACCAGCGAGCAGCGAGGAUGAGCCGGAGUCUGAUGACGAGGGCGAUGGCGAAGAGGAACGCGAGUGGGUGAAGGACGAAGGGUCAAAGUCACUCUUUGGACGAUCACGCGAUAAAGCGAAAGACCUCCAGAAUCAAAUCCGAGGCGGGACUACAGCUGAAGACGGCCUCGCAAACACGCUGCUUGAAGAGGAGUACGCGUCGAGUUCGGGAUACCGCUGGGAGAUGCCUGAGAGUUGGCGCAUGGCGAUGCCGUCGCGUGAUCAGUUCGCGCAGAUGUACAUCACGAAUCCACUCGGGAACGCUUCUGUUUCAUUUACUGAUGAAGACGCGAGUGUGAAUGCACUGGUUCGCAGCAUGCAAGAGCAGAUCAUUGAUCCGAUGGGUGGACGCAGCAGAGCAAGGACUUCUGAGAAAACGGUCCAAGGCAAAAGCGUCAGAAUGGUUGAUCUGGCUGGGACCUACCUCGAUCCCGGAGCGAAGGGUGGAACGAACGAACAGAUUUUCUACGCGAUCCACGCCGCGAUCUUCGAUCUGGGUGAUGCGCGAGUGCUCAUCAAGAUGUGGGGUCCCGAAGAUACGGUCAAUCAGAGCAAAGUGCUCUUUGAUAAAAUGAUCAACGAGACCACAGCCGAUCCCGCGAUGGUCGCGGGGGUCGAGAUCGAUCUGGGUGAUGCUCGGUUUGAGAUGCACAGCUGUCCGAGCUGUGGAUUGCAGUUCAAGCACCCAUUCAUCCCUGAAGACCAGCUCAUCGCGUGCUACGAGCAAGCGUCGGGAGAUCACUGGGAAGACGCGCCCGACCCCUAUAAGCGAAGGUUUGACGACAUCGAGCGCGUCAUCAACGCGCAUGCGAGCGGUCCCAAGGUGCUGGAUAUCGGGUGCUCCAACGGGGCGCUGCUCGGAUACAUGGGACAGUCGUGGGAACGCUCCGGGAUCGAGCCGGGUCAGCAAGCAGCGGAGCACGCGGAGCAGCGCGGCGUGCGGAUCAUCGCGCCGAUGCUCGAGCAGUGCGAAACAGACGAACGAUUCGAUGUAAUCCUCGCGAUUGAUGUGCUUGAGCAUCUGCUCGAUCCGAGCGAUUUCAUCGAGCGCGUCCGAGGGUUGCUGACAGAGGGCGGGAUCUUCGUUGGGUUUACCGGAGACACGGACGCUCGCUCAUGGAAGUGGCACGGAUCGCGGUACUGGUACGCGUUGUGCACUACGAGCGGACAAGCCAUGCGCGAUUCAAGUCAUCACGCAGAGUGCGCGACAAUAUCAGGGGCGCGAUCUGGGGGCUCAUGA